AUGUUAGUGGAGCACGCUGCACAAUGGGCUUGGCAAGCAAUGGGCGGCACGAGAAUCGAGGUCCUUUGCACGUUUCUCGUGUUCCUAGGUGUAUUGCUGGUCGCUAGAUGCUUGCAAUGGCUCAGGUAUGUGCGCUCUCUGCCUCCAGGGCCUUGGGGUGUACCCGUGUUCGGUUAUUUGCCAUUCCUGAAAGGCGACGUUCACCUCAGGUACGGAGAGCUAGCGAAAAAGUAUGGUCCAAUGUUCAGUGCCCGGCUUGGAACGCAACUGGUGGUUGUUCUCAGCGAUCAUCGUACGAUUCGCGACACGUUUCGUCGGGAAGAGUUUACUGGCAGGCCGCAUACCGAGUUCAUCAACAUCCUCGGCGGAUAUGGUAUAAUCAACACGGAAGGUGCUAUGUGGAAAGACCAAAGAAAAUUUCUUCACGAUAAGCUAAGAGGUUUCGGGAUGACUUACAUGGGCGGUGGAAAGAAAAUUAUGGAAUCGAGAAUAAUGCGCGAGGUGAAAACGUUUCUUCGCGGAUUGGCGUCGAAACGCGGCACGCCGACCGACGUCUCGGCUUCCCUCGGGAUGUCGAUCAGCAACGUAAUCUGCUCCAUCAUAAUGGGAGUACGAUUCCAGCACGGGGACGCGAGAUUCAAAAGAUUCAUGGACCUGAUCGAGGAAGGGUUCAAAUUGUUCGGCAGCAUGGCUGCCGUCAACUUCAUCCCCGUCAUGCGUUACCUGCCCUGUCUUCAGAAGGUUAGGAACAAAUUGGCGGAGAAUCGGGCGGAAAUGGCGGGCUUCUUUCAGGAGACGGUCGAUCAGCAUCGCGCGACUUUCGACGAGGGGACAAUGAGAGAUCUCGUCGACGCGUACUUGCUCGAGAUCGAGAAAGCGAAGGGGGAGGGCCGUGCAACCACCCUUUUCCAAGGGAAGAAUCACGAUCGUCAGAUGCAACAGAUACUCGGCGACCUGUUCUCCGCCGGGAUGGAAACUGUGAAGACCACGCUGGAAUGGGCGAUAAUCUUGAUGCUCCAUCAUCCGGACGCUGCGAUCGCCGUACAGGAGGAAUUGGACCAGGUGGUGGGCAAGUCGAGGAUGCCUGUCCUGGAGGAUCUCCCUUUCCUUCCGAUAACAGAAGCUACGAUACUCGAGGUCCUCAGACGAUCGAGCGUCGUCCCCUUGGGGACCACUCACGCUACGACGAGGGACGUGACGUUGCACGGUUACACGAUACCGGCAGGAUCUCAAGUGGUGCCGUUGCUGCACGCCGUGCACAUGGAUCCCGAACUUUGGGAGAAACCGGAGGAGUUUCGACCGAGUCGGUUCCUCUCGGCCGAAGGUAAAGUGCAGAAACCGGAAUACUUUAUGCCUUUCGGUGUCGGUAGACGCAUGUGCCUCGGCGACGUGCUCGCGCGCAUGGAGCUGUUCUUGUUCUUCAGCUCGUUGAUGCACACGUUCGAGCUUCGAUCGCCGCAGGGCUCGUCCUUGCCGAGUUUGCGCGGCAAUGCCGGCGUGACCGUCACGCCUGACCCCUUCGACGUUUGUCUCUUACCGAGAAAUCUCGACCUCAUCGAGGAUAACGAUAUGAUCUCUACCGGUGCCAUUCUGCGGAAUAUCGGCAGCCAUUGACUUUUCCAUUUCUCUCUCUCUCUCUGUUUUUCUCUCUCUCUCUCUGUUUCUUUCAACGCCCCUAUAAAGAUCGACGGGAGCACGAGAAUCGUUCCUAAAGAGACCGAGCGAUGGCUCCCAAAUCGAGCCAACCUAACCUCCAAUUCGUCCAUCGUGUAACCAUGUAUAUGUACGGUAUUCGUUUACUCUUAUCCCUUGCUCUUCUUUCUGAGAAUAUAGUUGUACGUAUUUUGUUUUGUAUCGUUUCGUCGUUUUCGCACGAUUUUUCUCUUUUCUAUAUCUCUUUUUUUUUUUUUUUUCUAUAUAUUUUUGUUAAGUUAAGAAAAGUUGGUUAGGCGACACGUUUCGCUCCUUAUUUAGUCAUUAGUCGUUACAAAAUGUUGCGUCGAUGGAUUCUCUUAAAAGAGAAGAGACGAAAGAAAAAGAAAAGGAAGAAAACGCGCGCGUUUCCGUUUCUUUUUUUUUUUUCGAUCGGAACGGAAAGAGACUCGAGAUUCGUUUGCGAAAGUGCAAGUGGAUGUAUCGAGGCCGAUAUUUCGCUCGGCGACGAUUUCGUUUCCUUGACGCUGUCUCGAUAGGAACAAGAGACAAAAGACUUGUAAAUAGUAAUUAAUAGUAGACGAUUUUUAAUAAUAAAACGGUAAUAGUAGUUCUCUGGUAGUGUGGUAGUGGUAACAAUGGAAAAAAAUUUAUGUAGCAGCGACAACUAUAUAUAUAUAAAACAUAAUAUAUAUAUAUAGUAGACAUUAGGAGUAACGACAAUAGUAGAAAUAACGACCAAUAAAAAAAAAAAUAUGAUGAUUGUACGAGUUAGGUUGAUAGGUUUACAUAGUGCUAAUAUUAGGAUAAGAAUUUUUUUAAGGUGCGUGAACGAGUUGUUAAUAAAAAAGAAAAAGAAAAAAAAAGAAAAAGAAAAAAAAUCACGUAACAAGAAUAUAUACUGUGAGUGUGCGCACGAAUCGAUAUCGAUUAUUAUUAAUUGUAUUUUAUAUCACGCGCGAUAAUUUUACAUAUAAAUUAUAUCGAACAGGCGGCGAAAAAAAAGAAAAAGAAAAAAGAAUGCGCGAAUGAUCAUUUCCGUCCUGAUGAAUUCUUCUUCUUUCCUAAAGUAAGUAAUACGAAGCUGUAGAAAAAAAAGUUUUCGAGGCUCGAAAAUUCGAAUGGAUUAGAUCGUAGGGCUUGACCGCCGGAUGGACAACGCGGCUGUUGACCUAGAACAGUGAUUUUCGUGAAAGUUUAGAACGAGAUUCUUGCGACACCACAGUAUAGUUACGUAGCGCUUCAGAAUUCAAGACCGACAUCGAACUCGAUCCGUUGGGUGCGGGCAAAGAUUAAGGCUGUGAAUUUCGAAUUUAGGACAUGGGAUCCCUCGAGAUCCCUGUGAUAUCGCGAUCGUAAAAAUCCAUUUCCAAAGAUAUUUCUUUUUUUUUUUUUUGUUGUGCGUGUCCGAAAGGCGAAAGUCCGAAACCGACGAUUAUCGACGCUGCCACACACACACACACACGCACGCGCACACGCGCGCGUAAUCUCUCCUUUCUUUCUUUCUUUCUUUCUUUCUUUCUUUCUUUCUUUCUUUCCCUUAAAAAAAAAAAAAUGAGCUUUACACCGCGAGUGAAGUAAGUUCUCUCUCUCUUUGUAAAUCGACGUGAAGAAAAUUGGCGCGUCGAUAUUUCCCCCCUCCCCCCGUUUUCUUCUAUUCUAUUCCGUGGAAUGAAAUUUACAUGUGGCAUUGCUCGGAUCAUUCGGAGCACCGCAUUGUGUUCACCCGCCGAAUCUAUGUUAACUUAAUGUUACUUCUCAUCGUAGAAGAAGAAGAAGAAGAAGAAGAAGAAGAAGAAGAAGAAGCUUAUUCGACGCCAUUUGCAAUUUUUCGAAUGAUUGGUCGCAAUUUUGUACACUUUCGCAUAUCUCCUCGUCGCGCGAAAUAUAAAUCCUUCUUUUUUCUUUUUGUAUUGUAACCGAAAAAUCGAUUGCCGUAUAUGUAUUGUAUAUACGGCGCGUGUGCUUGUGUACGUGUAUGUGUUUUUUUUUUGUUGUGCGCGCGCGUGUCACAGUCGAUUUACUCGACAAUCGUAUUCGCGAUGGAAACUAACGUUACCAUUUAUAUUCAUAGUUCUCUCUUUGAAUUGAAGAUUACAAUCUUUUCAUUUUUCUUUCUUUCUUUUCUUUUAUUUUUUUCUCCGUAUCCAUUCCAAUAUCCAACGAAAUAUUUCCUUCCUCGCUUCUUCUCCUUUCUCUUCAAAUCAAAUUAAAUUAUUAUUAUAAUAAUAUAAAUCGAUCGAAAAGAUCUUCCUUAGCGACAAUCGGUACAUUGUUGCUCGUGGAAGGGACGAUUAAAGAGAAAAGUGGAGAAUGUGGGCGGAAAUUGGGAUGAAAGGAGGAGCGGCAGGUAGGUAUAGUACUAUACGCUCUGAAGAAAGAAAGACGUAAAAAAAAAGGGAAAAAGAAAAAAA